AUGGUCGUUACUGACGGCAGCAUCGAGGCAACAUGGCAGUUUCUCGAGGGCGGCAUUGAGGUGAUGAUGACGCGGCUCACUGAGGGCAUGUCCUAUGAGCGCUACAUGCAGCUGUACACGGCCGCAUACAACUACUGCAUUAGUAGUGGUAUGGGUGGGGCCAGUGGUAUAGUGGCUGGCGCGCAUCUCGUCGGUGGCGAGCUGUAUGCGCGGGUCGCUGCGUACUUUGAGCAGCACCUGCAGGGCAUUCGACACUCGCUCGACGGACGGCAGGGUCUAGAGCUGCUUCAACUGUACUCGUCUCAAUGGGAUCGCUACACGAGUGGGGCGAACUUUGUGCACCGCAUGCUCGUGUACCUGAACCGCCACUGGGUCAAGCACGAGCGGGAAGAGGGCCGGACAGAUGUGCACACGGUGUACACCCUCGCCCUUGUGCAAUGGAAGCAGCAUGUCUUUCAGCCACUACAGGCGGAUCAUCGUAUUGUCGAUGCUGUGCUGGAGCAGAUUCAGCAACAGCGGCAGGGUGCGGUUGUUCCCAGUGCGCUGCUCAAGACCGUGCUCGACAGCUGUGUAUCGCUCGGCCUGGACGAGACAGAUGCAACGCGCCUGAACCUGGAUGUAUACCGCGCCGAGUUCCAGCAGGCGUUCCUUGCAGCGACGGAGGCGUUCUACCGCGAGGAGAGCCAGGCGUUCCUGGCGAGCAGCUCUGUGACCGACUACAUGAAGAAAGCAGAAGAGCGCCUAGGAGAGGAGGAAGCACGUAUCGAUCUGUACAUGCAUGCUUCGACGUUACGGCCGCUCAUGGAUGUGUGCCGCAACGAGCUCGUGGUGCGGCACCGCGAUCGCCUUUGGGACCAGUUUUCGAGCCUGCUAGAGAACGACCGGACCGACGACUUGGCGCGCAUGUAUCGCUUGCUUGUGCAGGUGCCCGAGGGUCUCGAACCGCUGCGCCAAAAGCUCGAGGUGCAUGUCAAGGCUGCAGGUCUCGACUCGGUCAGCCGCGAGAUGGAGGAGAACGAUACAAUCGACCCGUCGCGCUAUGUCCACGCCAUGUUGCGGGUGUACGACCACAAUGUGCGCACGAUCACUACGUCUUUUGACGCAGAGGCGGGCUUUUUUGCGGCCCUUGACAAGGCAUGUCGCGUGUAUAUGAACCGGAACCAGGCGACGGGAGCAUCGGCGAGCAAGUCGCCUGAGCUGCUGGCGCGCUAUAUGGAUGGCCUCCUGAAGAAGAGCCACCGCGGUGACGACGAGGGCUCGUUAGACGACGCGCUCGAUAAGGCCCUUGCCGUGUUCAAGUACAUUGAGGACCGCGACUAUUUCCUGAAGUUCUACGCCAAGUUCCUGUCUCGGCGUCUCGUGUCGUUUGCGUCCGCAUCCGCGGAUGCCGAGGAGCACAUGAUCACGCGCCUCAAGGAGUUGUGCGGCUUUGAGUAUACGUCCAAGCUGCAGCGCAUGUUCACCGAGGCGGGCCUGAGCAAGGAGCUGAACGAGCGCUUCCAGGACACGGGAGCACUGGCCGGCACAGAUAUGAGCUUCUAUGUAUUUGUGCUCACGUCGGGCGUGUGGCCGCUCCAGGCACCUAGUUCCGCCUUUUCUGUGCCGCAGGAGCUGCAGCCCAUCCACGAUGAGUUUUCCAAGUUUUACUACAAGCAGCACACGCACCGCCAGCUGACGUGGCUGUGGCACCUGUCUACGAAUGAGCUGCAUGUCAACUACCUGCCUCGCAAGUACAUCUUCACGACCUCUACAUACCAGACAGCUGUGUUGCUUCUUUUUAACGUGCAUACGGUGCUGACGCAGGACGAUAUUGCCGCGGCUACGCGUAUUGAGCCGAGUGUACUGCACGCAGCCCUCGUGCCGCUCGUCAAGAUGAAGGUGCUGCAUCUUCUCGACGACUCGUAUUCGCUCAACAUGGACUUCAAGGCCAAGAAGGUCCGUGUCAAUCUCAACCUGCCGGUGCGGGCGGAGCAGAAAGCGGAGUCUGCCGAGGUUGCCAAGACCGUGCAUGAGGACCGUAAGGUGCUGCUGCAGGCGACCAUUGUGCGCAUCAUGAAGGCUCGCAAGACACUCAAGCACAACCUGCUGCUGCCCGAGGUGAUCACGCAGCUGCAGGCGCGCUUCCAGCCCAGCAUCCCCGAUAUCAAAAAGGUACGCGCAAGCUACUCACGGCAGGCGAUCGACACGCUCAUCGAGAAGGACUUUCUCCAGCGAGUCGAGGGAGAGAAGGAUGUGUAUGAAUAUGUAGCGUAG